UUCUCGCUCGGUACGUCGUCUCGCUUUCACACGCAACGGGGAGAUCUUGUUGUCCUGCUCGCACGACGGUGAGGUCAGCCUCCGAAUGAAGUACGUGACAGGGAUGUUGCCUGACUACGUCAUUUGUGUGCCAAGAGGUGUGACGUGCUUCGCAGUGUCGCAGCAACUGCGCCUGGUGGCAGGUGGGGGGCGGGAAGGUCGUGCUCGGCUAUGGACGAUGGCGCAGCGCGAGCACCACGCCACGCUGGCUGGUCAUGGGGUGCCCUCGCCGAUCGUCGACAUUGCCAUAUUGGAGAACAUGAAGCUGAUUGUGGCCUGCUGUGCUAAUUGUACAGUUUUUAUUUGGGAUUUAUACGAGGAAUGUUUGCUGCAAACCAUCAAGCUUAAGUUUCCAUUUCUUGGAGUUUUGGGAAAAAAGGUCGAGUUUGGUGCAGCUUGCCUAUUCUUGGGUCCUCCAGCACAAAGAGCACGAUACGAUGGACAUGAUGAACAAUCAGGCAGAACCUCCACAGACGUGGACGAAGUUCCUUGCGAGUUAUAUAAUCAAAGUGACUGGCCACAAGACAGCACAAUCUGCGAGCUGCUGGUGACCUGGAGCGACUGUGUGUGCACGCUACAGCUCUGCGAGUCCAGUGGUGAGGUGACGUCACAGAAAACUAAACGAGAGCAUGCCGUCACUAGUCUGAAUUCAUUGCCAACGUUCAGCAAUGUAAACUCAGAUACAGUACUUGAAGAAGUGGAGAGAGCGUCCACGGAACACUCGGCAAGCGGAGAAGUCCCAUCAGAUAGACAAACAUAUUAUACGGAAAUGUCUGAAGAUGUACAAAAAGUUAUUGAUGACUUAGGUCUGACCAAUAUUUUCGGAAAGAACUUUGUUACAAUGUGUAACAUUAAACACGACAUCAAUAAGAAGCUGUAUGAGAUGGAACUCAAAUCUGAUGAUCACAAAUGUGUGGCGGGGGUGAGUGCGCCGUACCUCUCCCUGCAGAGCUACGAGUUGGAUCCUCUACCAGACUUCCAACAUCUGCUGCACAGAUACAACUCCAUUACCAAAUUCUUCCCCGGGCCCAGCGUCAAUAUAACACCAGCUAGCAGUCAGACCACAACACCUCGCAAUAAGUCAUAGUAUAUAGUCACAUCACAUGCAACUUUUAUAUGUAC